GUGGCGCUUCGGCGCCGGGAAAGCGAGCACCUUGCGUGAAGGCGGCGUCGGCGGUGGGAAGUGCAGCAGUAGGCGGAGAGGAGGAGAAGCAGGAGGUGGUAGCUGCGGACCUUGGACGGGGAGACGCCUUGUUUGGCUGGCGCCACCCAGGCUGGGGUCAUCUUUCCAGGUGACACACCGGCUGUGGAGUGGACGUGCCGCGGGCCUUUCUCCCUGUUUGGGACCCAGAACCCCUCUCCCCAGAGAAACUUGAUACUGUCCAUCUUCCUCAUACACAGUGAGCGUGCGUGGAGAGAGAAUGAGGUCCGGAUUGUGAGCUCGGUAACUGCCUUUUUCAAAGAACGCUUUAUUGAGGUAUAAUUAAUAUACAAAAAAAAACUGCACAUGUUUAAUAUAUACAAUUGAUGAGUUUGGACAUAUCCGUACACCUGUGGUACCAUCACCAGACUCAAGGAAUUAGUAAGCAAAAGAAAGACUGACAAAAGGAAAAGAAGCCAACAAAGACAACUUUGGAAGCACUGAAUGCAGCGAAAUAAGAACAAUGGAUCUCAAGUUCAACAACUCCAGGAAAUAUAUUUCUAUAAGUGUCCCAUCCAAAACCCAAACAAUGUCACCACACAUCAAGUCAAUAGAUGACAUUGUAGUUCUUGGCAUAAAUCUCAGCAGAUUUAACAAACUUACACAAUUUUUCAUAUGUGUUGCUGGAGUUUUUGUAUUUUACCUCAUUUAUGGAUAUUUACAGGAAUUAAUAUUUUCAAUGGAGGGUUUUAAGCCCUAUGGCUGGUACCUUACUUUAGUGCAGUUUGCAUUUUACUCUAUAUUUGGCCUUAUAGAGCUUCAGCUUAUUCAGGACAAAAGGAGAAGAAUCCCAGGAAAAACCUACAUGAUAAUAGCGUUUCUAACUGUGGGCACCAUGGGCUUAUCAAACACUUCCUUGGGCUACCUGAACUACCCUACCCAAGUCAUUUUCAAGUGCUGCAAAUUGAUUCCUGUUAUGCUAGGAGGAGUUUUUAUUCAAGGAAAGCGUUACAAUGUUGCAGAUGUGUCUGCUGCAGUAUGCAUGAGCCUUGGUCUGAUAUGGUUUACCCUAGCUGAUAGCACGAUUGCACCAAAUUUCAACCUGACAGGUGUGAUCCUUAUUUCCUUGGCGCUGUGCGCAGAUGCGGUCAUUGGAAAUGUUCAAGAGAAAGCCAUGAAACUGCAUAAUGCUUCUAACUCAGAAAUGGUUUUGUAUUCGUAUUCAAUCGGCUUUGUGUAUAUUUUACUCGGAUUGACAUGCACUAAUGGAUUAGGCCCUGCAGUAACAUUUUGUUCAAAGAAUCUAAUUCGGACCUACGGUUAUGCUUUCCUUUUUUCCCUCACUGGGUAUUUUGGAAUCUCCUUUGUUCUGGCUUUGAUUAAAAUUUUUGGUGCACUUCUUGCUGUAACAGUGACAACAGGAAGAAAAGCAAUGACCAUUGUACUUUCAUUUAUAUUCUUCGCUAAGCCAUUCACAUUUCAGUACAUAUGGUCUGGUUUGUUAGUUGUUCUUGGUAUAUUUCUCAAUGUUUACAGCAAAAAUAUGGAUAAAAUAAGACUACCAUCACUAUGUGAUCUGAUAAACAAAACACUAGAAGCAAGAAAGUCACGGACGUUGGCACAGACUGUAUAGGCAGUGAUUCUUGCUGUUUAACAUAGAAUUCCAAGGAACAAUCAUCAAUUAAUUGCCUUUCCAAAGGGAUUAUUAUAAAAACCAAAGGAUCUGAAGGCAGGCUCUCCGUUUGCGCCUGGAUUGCAUAUAAAGUCAGCCCUUUCUUCCAAGCUCUUGUUGGACUGUGUGGCUUCUGAAGCAGUCAAGACAGCAGCAUCUGUCACACCUUAGAAUAAAAUGCCAAUAUGAAGGACUGUUACUCUUCGCAGUUUAUUGAGAAUUUCACUGGAAAUGGAUUGGACCAUGUCGCAAGACUAAUUAGAUAUCAUGACAUAUCAAACAAAUUGAUAUAUAAUAGCAGAUUGUUUUCAUUCCAUUUUGGUGGUGUUAUUUAAAUUGAUUCUCUGUUAUAAGAGUGAACUGAUGAUUUAAAGUCUAGAGAGAAUUACUUCAUUAUAAAUAAAAAUUAUUCUGUGAUUUUUUUAUUUUGAAGAAUGUUGAUACAAUUUUGUUAUCCAAGAGGGCAGUGAAGGGUGGAGAAAGACUUUACAUAAACUUUAAAACUUAGGCUUUUCUCUGCUAAUUUAAAAGUAUUCUUUAGAGAAAACGUGCUUUAAGUUUUCUGUAAAAUACAGACAAUAUGGUAAAAGAAGUCAUACUGCCUCCUGUAAGUAUGUAGCACAAGAAAAAUUUGCUACUAUUCGACAAAGAAGUGCUAAAAGAUUUAAUCAUUUGGAUCUUCUAAUUGGAGGGAAAAUAAUUGAUGUCUAAUAUAAAAUAAUAAAAUUGUCAUCUUUUUUCUCAUAAAAGUGGAAUUUAAUUUGGCAGGUUGAAGAUGAAAUAGGAUAAAUUUUAAAACUAUAAGUAGAUAUGGCAAAUGUGUACAGUAUAUUGUUUGCACAGUUUUGGAUCUAAACUCAUAAAGAUUUUGGCCCUUAUUUUUUAGCAGUGAGUUUUAGAAUUGCUUCUACUGUAUUAAAAAUCUUAUUAAUCUUCAUUUUCAGUGUAAGUAAUGUUGGUUAAAAUAGCUCAGGAUCUGUGCUAUUGGCAGUAUCACUAUAUUUUGUCAGUAUAAUAUCCUUGGAAUAUUUAAUCUCAAUUCUUAAAAUUCCAUUGUAUUCUGAUGGUGACUUUAGCCUGUUAUAUGCAUAUGUGGGUACAACAGAGCCCGUGAUAAUUUAAGGAUCUAACAUAAGGAAUUCUGACUGAUUUUCAUUUGUUAUAUAUUAAAAUACCGUGCAUUUUUCCCCCCAAAUGGUAAUUAAACACUUUUAAGUUUUCAUAUUUUAAAAUGAAAGGAAUCUUAAUUUUUACUUCAGUAUGCUGCCUUAAUCUCAAAAAAAAUAAGGAUUUGUGCUUUAAAAAAAAGUCAGUUUUCCCACAUCCUUGAAAAAAUGUUAUAAUUAACUUAUCAGGGCAUCAUUUUAUCCCCCACUAUGUUUUAGUAUUUUACUUCUAUCCCUAUUAACAAACUCUUCAUCACACCCUACCCCCAAUUUAAACAGUUUAGCACUGUUUAAAAAUCAGUUUUCCAACUGAACUCUUUAUACUCCAUUUCCUUUUUUUACCUGCCAUCAGAUGGAGAUAAACUUCACUUAUUUACAUCCAUGGAGUCAUUUUAAUGAAUAGUCUGAAAUAUAGAAUAAUUUCUAUAGCAAAGGAAAUCAACAUUUGAAUGUGUGUUUGUGCCAGAUUUUAAAUAUGAUCUUUCGUUAAUAUUAUGGCAUCCCAACAACCAAAAUAAGUAAUAACAAAGGAAUUAAAAAUAAUAACUGCAAUUGCCAAUAUUUAAUUGCUUGUUUGGUGUCAGGCCCUAUUGUAAGUGCUUCAUGAGCAGUAACUUAUUUAAUCCUCACAACAUCUCUAUGAGGGUAUUAUUAUUCUAUAAGGGUAAGUAUUACCAUCGUCAUUUUACAGAUAAGCUGUGGCCAGAGGGAUUAAGUGACAUGCCUCACCUAACAUAGCUGGACAAAGCCGGAGCUGUCUGUCACGCAGUCUGGUUUGAGUCCUUGCCCUUAACCACUGUGGUUGCCUCUCUGUGGAGAUGUGAUUAUUCUUGUUCUCAUUUUCACCAAUGCAGAGGUGAGGACCAGGGUAAGUACUUCUAGCUCAUCGUCAACAUAACUGCUAAGGCAGUGGGUUUCAAGUUCUGUCAUACUCCAAAGCAUAUUUUCUGUCCAUUGGACCCCACUAUAAAUAUUUAAGUAUAAUACCACUUUAAGUAAUAAAGUGUCUCUAAAUAAAGAAUUUAUGAGGCAUACUUAAAAAGCAAGGGUCAUUUGAUUGAACAUUAAAGGCAGAAGGAUGUAUUUGUUUUAAGCAUUAGUACAGAAAUUGUUUCUUCAGCUGUGUUCACAUCAGGUGCCUGCCAUACAGUAGGCACUCAGUAAAUAUCUGUGUCACGAAACUAAUCAAAGAACCCCAUUAGACCAAAAAAGACUGAAUAACUGAUGUUCUUAAUUUUGCCAUAGUCCCUUUUUUUUGGCAUAAUACUCGGGCAAUAAAAUCACACAGCAGAAGAAUCUGGGUAACGUGUUAGACAACUAUAUCAGCCUAGCCAGAACCCUCUAAGGCCAUGUUGUGUAGUAAAGAAUUUGGCUGCCCUUUGUCCCUGGUUCCUAGAAGGGAACUCCUAAUCCUUGGAAUUGUCCAAUUGGUGGGCCCCUAGAUGGUGCCAGGGUGGAGGCUGGUCUUUCUGAAAAGACUAACCAUGUGAUUAUAGGGUUGGGGGUUUGAGCCAUAUGAUUUCAGCCCAUCCUCGGGGAAAGAGGGUUGGAGAUUGAAUUCAAUCCUGUGGCCAAUGAUUCAGUCAUGGCUAUGCAGUGAGACCCCAAUAAAAGCCGUGAACGCCAAGACUUGGGAGAGCUCCCCUGGUUGGAGAUACACAUUGCUGUGCUAGGAGGGUGAUGUAUCCUGAAGACAUGGAAGCUUCGCGUUUGCACCUCUUCCAAAACUUGCCCCAUGGUUCUCUUGUCUGGUCCUGAUUUGUAUCGUUUAUAAAAUAAAACUAA